AUGCCACAGGUGAAGGUGACAGCGGCCACCGCCUCCGGAUCUGGAGGCGUGGAGAAGAACCCUAGGAGAACAGCAAAGAGUCGUAACGGCUGUCAAGUGUGCAAAGUCAAGAGAUUAAAAUGUGACGAAACACGGCCGGCUUGCGAUAAUUGCACCAAGCGUGGCUACGAUUGUCCUGGUUACAAAAAAGCCCUCAAGUGGUCGACCAAGUACGAAGUUCUGCAGCCCGAUGAAACCGAUAACCAAAAGACAUUCCAUCCUUCUGUCGAGUACCACUUCUCUUCGAUCGAUCCAGUAGCCUUUGGACAGACAGCCACUUACCAAAACGAGGAGAUACCUGGAAGCGCCGCUGGACAUCGAGAUGUUUCUGAGGAGCGCACUCAUUCUGCAGUCGCGAUACACACACCACCUGUCCAAAAAGCUGUAGGAAUGGAAGCCUCGGGCCCUUACUGUCCCUGGCCAGAGCAAUGGCCGGGCUACCCUGAUCCAGACCAACAGAACGCCAUAUUCCUCAACACACCAAACACAUUGAUACAGCAGGUCGAUGGAAGCCGAAGAGCCAAUAACGAGAUCCAAACCUUUCAUCAGCAUCGAAGCAAUAGCCCGGAGGAAAUGAGCCAAUGGAAAUCGCUACUUCGAGCUUAUUAUCGUAUGGCGGCUCCUUCCAUGUCAAGAUCACUCCAAAACGAUACGACAAGACUGGUCGAACACUACUUCCGAGAUGUUUGCGUCCUGUACUCGUCAUUCGACUCGAAGCUAAAUCCUUUCCGUACUGUAAUAGCGAAGCUUUGGGACAGCUCAAAUUCGAUUUUCUACGCCAUUCAGAGCAUGGCUGCAGCACACUUGGCAAACCACAACAUAGGAAUGGGAGUUCAGGGACUGCAGAUGCAACGUAAGGCAUACGAAUGUCUCCAACAGGAGCUGCAACUUGCACAUGUCAACCAACAAGUGGAUGAUAGACUCCUGCUUACAGUGUUGCUUCUGGGAAUGAGUUCACCAUGGCAUGAGGCUGGAGAUCUUGGAAUGGCGCACCUGAAUGCUGCCAGAGGACUCAUAUACCCUCGACUACUCCGAGAAGACGGAAACCAGACAGAGGAAAUGGCCCGCAACGACCAAUUCUUCGCAGAGGCACUCAUAUACUGGGAGAUGUGCGUUGCUUUUGUACACAAAGAGCCACAUACGCCAAGCCGAGAGAAGUCAACCGGUAGGACAGACUACAACGAGGCCCGAACGAUAGGUACCAAAGUCAUGCCACAUCCUUGGACUGGAGUAGGGCCUCGAGCACAGGUUCUGUUUGCCGAAGUUGGCCGACUCGUUCGUACUUAUCGAGCUAUAUCAUGCCCACUAUCCUAUGGCACCACGGCUGAGCAUGUAAAUAUUGCGGACAUCAUUUCAGCAGCCACAGCCUUUGAAGAAGAGUUGCUUGGUAUCCGAUGGCCGGCUGUAGACGAUCUUAUCGACGUCCAAGAUCAAAGUACUGGUAAGCUCGAUUUCAUCAUGGUCGCAGAAGCCACACGCUGCUCGGCAUUGCUGGAGAUUUAUCGAGUCUUCCCCAACAUUCUAUGUAACCGAAUGCUCGGGUUGACUGGAAAUGCUAGCACUACUGGAACGUCCAGCCAGUUCUUUUUUCCUUUCUGCGGAACACAUCUCCAUCCUGAUCCUCAUGACCCGACAGCUUGGUUGACGUCACUCGCACGGCAUAUCUUGCUCGAUCUUAUUGGCAACGUGCCGCCGACUUCCAACACACGGCCACUACAGCUCCUAAUAAUAGUGACAGCAGCUGCCGAGCUUCGUCUGUCUGGAUCUGCUGUAUCUCCUUCGGGAUUGAACGACGAAGUGCCGUAUGACAUGGAUGUUGCACGCGCUCGAGAUCUUGCUAUGACUAGACUCGAUCAACUUUCUGCACGGUUGCCUUCCAAGCCUGUGUUCAUCCUCAUCAAGCUCGUCAAGGAGGUCUGGCGGCGGUUCGACAUUGGCGACAGUGAAGUAUUCUGGCUUGAUGUCAUGCAUGAGAAUGGCUGGCAGACAGUUAUGGGCUAG